AUGUUGGCGCAGGCCAAGUAUCCGUACGAGUCCCUGGAACGCUGGCCCCCACCCAACUUUCAACCACCAUACCCGUCACGCGUCAACCGUCACCCCAUACACAACUCGAUAUCGAGUCGCGCCAGUUGCUUCCUGGUGCUCUUGUCUACUGAGUAUAACGAUCACGGCUGCCCCCUCCCCAAUCUUCAUCCCAAAGCGAUCCCGGUCUCCCAGCGAGAUCUCUUCUUGUCUUGUCCGUCCAUGAUUGAGUGA